AGUCAAAUAUGUUCAUGUCAGAGAGAGGGUGCAGAUACAAUAUAUCACCACGUGGGGACACUGUAGACCAUGAUAUCUGGAAGUUAUUUGAGUGAACACAUGACUCCACCCAGUAACUGACGAUUACCAUGAUGAUUCUGUGUGCUUUGUUACAAAGAGAUGCAGGGUGAGAGAGAAAAGAACGAGCCACCAUAUUCAGCUGAUUCUUAACACGAGUUUUUUUACGGGAGUGACUACACUGACAUUUAUGGAUAUUUCGUGAUGGAUAUAAUUAUGAAUUUCUCAAGAAGAACGACCAUUUGUCGGAUAUACAUUGUGAUCGGGCUGCUGAAUUAUUCCUGGGAAGCGGUCACGGCGCAGCUCUCUUAUUCCUUACCGGAGGAAGUAAACCCGGGCACCUCAGUUGGAAAUCUCGCCAAGGACCUGAAUCUCCACGUCCAAGAGUUGGAGUCUCGUAUUUUUCAAAUUGUUAAUGGAUCAAAGAGAAAAUAUUUCGAUGUAAAUCUAAAAACGGGUUUCCUUUACGUAAACGAGAGAAUAGACCGAGAGGAGCUCUGUGCGAAGGCUCCAAAAUGCACUGUAAAUGUAGAGGCCGUCAUCAACAAUCCACUAAAGCUGUACCGUGUAGAAAUACAUGUUGUCGAUAUUAAUGAUAAUGCACCUCAUUUCUCUGAAAACUCUCAGUCGCUAAACAUUGCUGAGAGUACUUUACCAGGACUCAAAUUCGGAUUGAUAGAAGCAUCAGAUUUGGAUGUUGGCAAGAAUGGCGUUAAUACGUACAGACUGGGUCAUAAUGAAUAUUUUUCUUUGGACAUUCAUAAAGGAGGGGAUAGCGUGUCUGCUGAGUUAGUCCUGCAGAGAGCUUUAGACCGCGAGCAUGAUGCAGUUAUAAAACUAACACUCACGGCAAUAGACGGAGGAAACCCACCAAAGUCAGGGACCUCACACAUUAUUGUUAAUGUUUUAGACAUUAAUGACAACAUUCCAAUUUUCAGUAAAUCUCUAUAUAAAGUUCAAAUCCCUGAAAACUUUCCACCAGGGUCUAAAGUGAUCAUUCUGAACGCGACGGAUGCAGAUGAGGGUUUGAAUGGUGAAGUAGAAUACUCCUUGAGGAAAAAAGGUCAGGAUCAUGUUCUUGAUUUGUUUGAAAUGGACAGAGACACAGGCGCAAUUUUAGUCAAAGGUAAAAUCGACUAUGAAGAAAACCCUGCGUUUGAGAUUCAUGCACAAGCCAGUGACAAAGGGCAACCUCCCAUGUCUGCUCAUUGUAAAGUGCUGGUAGAAGUGCUGGACGUGAACGACAAUGCUCCAGAGAUCUCUGUGACAUCACUACUAGCCACAGUGAAGGAGGAUGCUAAAGUAGGUACUGCUAUAGCACUUGUCUCUGUAAUGGAUAAAGAUGGUGGACAAAACGGUGCAGUGACAGCUGUCAUUUUAAAUGAUGCCCCUUUUAAACUUGAUACAAAUUAUAAAAAUUAUUAUUCUUUAGUAGUUAACGGUCCGAUUGACAGAGAAACUGAGGCCAACUACAAUGUUACUAUCGUAGCAACUGAUGAAGGAAAUCCACCUCUCUCCAGCACAAACAUAGUGACUGUUCGUGUUUCUGAUGUCAAUGAUAAUGCACCUUAUUUCUCUGAGCCGCUGAUUAAUGUUUAUGUGAAAGAAAACAGUCCAGUAGGAGCAAACAUUAAGACCGUUUCCGCAUUUGAUGAUGACGUCGAUCAAAACGGUCAGGUGACUUAUUCAUUUUUACAAAGUAACAGAGACACACUGCCAUUAUCUACAAUGGUGAACAUCAACUCAGAGAAUGGAGAUAUAAUCAGUCUACAGUCGUUUAACUUUGAGGAGAUGAAAACGUUUCAGUUCAAAGUUCAGGCCACAGACUCUGGUGUUCCUCCGCUCAGCAGCAACGUGACAGUGAACGUUUUUAUCCUGGAUGAAAAUGACAAUAGUCCCGUGGUUCUUGCGCCCUAUUCUGAGCACGGCUCCGUUAACAGUGAGAGCAUCCCCUAUAAUGUUGAAGCGGGACACAUUGUGGCAAAGAUCAGGGCUGUAGACGCAGACUCUGGAUACAACGCGCUGCUUUCUUAUCACCUCUCUGAAACCAAAGGAAACAACCUCUUCCGGAUCGGAACCAGCACCGGGGAAAUCAAGACUAAGAGGAGAAUGAGUGACAAUGACCUGAAAACUCACCCCUUGGUGGUGCUGGUUUCUGAUAACGGAGAACCCUCCCUGUCAGCUACUGUGUCUAUAGAGGUGAUGGUGGUUGAAAACUCAGCUGAUAUCCAGACUCAGUUCAGACAUGUGCCCAUAAAGGACGAGAGCUUCACUUCACUAAACCUGUAUCUGCUGAUCGCCAUUGUGUCGGUGUCAGCCAUCUUUCUGCUCAGCCUCAUCAGUUUAAUAGCUGUCAAAUGCCACAGGACAGACAGCAGUUUCAGCAGGUACAGCGCCCCCAUGAUCACCACCCACCCUGACGGGAGCUGGUCUUACUCUAAAGCUACACAGCAGUAUGACGUAUGUUUCAGCUCAGACACGCUCAAGAGUGACGUCGUGGUUUUCCCCGCACCGUAUCCACCUGUAGAUGCGGAGCUGAUCAGUAUUAACGGAAGUGACACGUUUACCAGGACUCAGACUUUGCCUAAUACAGAGAAGGUAAGAGAACCAUAAUGAUAUCCAUUUGAACAAUUUUCUAGGAUGACAUGAGUUUAUA